AUGAGAAUGCGCGUGCAAGAUCCCAACGCCUCAGAUGCGGUUUUGCUGCCGAUUGAUGUGGUGAGCGAGACCGUCCACGCCAUUGACACGGCCAACGACGAGCUCCGCCGGGUGAAUUUGGAGAUAUACAACAAUCCCGAGAUUCUCUUCCAAGAGACGAGAGCGUGUAAGCUGCUCUCGGACUGGUUCGAAUCGAGGGGGUGGACCGUCAAACGUGGUGUCUACGGCAUAGAGACGGCCUUUGAGGCCCGCUUUUCGGUCCGGGAGGGAGGCCGGACGGUAUGUUUUAAUGCCGAGUAUGACGCCCUACCUGGUGUAGGUCACGCCUGUGGACACAAUCUCAUCGCCACGUCGGCAGUAGCCUCGGCCGUUGGCGUCGAGGCCGUCAUGAAGGCGCAUAAUCUGGCGGGCACGCUGGUCGUCAUGGGAACGCCGGCCGAGGAGACGGGCGGUGGAAAAUGGAUCAUGGCCAAGAACGGCGCGUGGAAGGGCUUUGAUGCCUGUGUCAUGACACACGGCAUGCCCAAUUUUAGCACACCUAUGUGCCAGACCAAGGCGUCGUGGAAGAUGCGAGCCAAGUUUCACGGCAAGACAGCACACGCUGCCGCAGCCCCGUGGACGGGUCGCAAUGCCUGUGAUGCCAUUGUGCAGGCGUACAACGGCAUUGCCCUUCUGAGACAACAGAUUGAGAAGACGGAGAGUAUCCAGGGCUGCAUCCUGGAGGCCGGCAAGGCGCCGAACCUGAUCCCCGACUACGCCGAGGGAGUGUUUAGCGUCCGGGCCCCGACUUCGCCGCAGCUUGAGGCGCUCCGCAAGAGGUUUGAGCCAAUUUUCCACGGUGCGGCCGCUGCUACGGGGUGCACAGUUGAGCUUGACUGGACUGCCCUAUAUGAAGACGUUGUCACCAACAUGACACUGGCAGAGCAAUACCGCCAGUACAUGAUCCAGCAUCUCGGUGUGUCACCAAAAGACAUGAUCCCCUUGAAUGAAGCCAAGACUGCAUAUGAGCAGAACGGUAGCUCUGACUUUGGAUCAUGCUCAUAUAUUACGCCUGGAAUUCAGGCCAUGUUUACCAUUAAUGCCGCCGAUCUGCCGCACUCGGCCAAGUUCAAGGAAGCUGCUGGACUUGACUUUGGGCACACGGAAGCUCUUCGGGCUGGCAAGGCCAACGCAUUGAUCUGCCUGGAUGUCUUGAUGAACGAAGAGUUUGCCGCCAAGAUGAGGGAGGAAUUCAAGGAGACGAUGAAAAAGGCAGGGCGCUGGGAAGGGGAAGCAUAG